CUCAACAGAAACCCUGCAAGCAGAACUCAGUUCCCUGUACAGAAUGCUUUUGGUCUAACAGUCCACAAGACACAAGGAUUAACCUUGCCAAGAAUAUCUGUCUGUCUUGAUCAACAGAUAUUUGCUCCUGGACAGGCUUAUGUUGCUCUCAGUCGUUGUGCCAAAUGGGAAGAUCUCAGAAUUAACUCUCUUUCAAGAGAGGCAUUUAUGGUUGAUCAAUUGAUGGUUAGAGAGUAUGCCCGGCUGGAAGAAAUUGCUGCCAAGUCAUUGCCUAUUAACAAUUCAUAA